GCCAAACUGAAGACUAUACGUCCCUUGAGACUGCUUGCAGGAGCUUGCAGACCCGUUCAAAGGAAAUCAAAGUUCAAUACAAUCCGACUUUCAACCCUCUUCGAACCCGUCCGAACCUUUCAAAGCACUCGACCAUACAACAUGGCUGCCACACAGCUCGACGACAAGGCGAAGAGCUUGAUCGCAAAGUCCUUUCCACAGGCCAAUGGCACCGAUGAGACCGACCCCGUCAAGCUGUCAUCCGCGAUCUUCUCUACAGCCGAAUAUUCCAGCGCAGAAAAGGCCGAGAUCGAACAAUGGCUCAUCACCUCCUCUCACGUCGCCUCCCCUUCCGAAGACAAGGCAAAGACUGCCGAACGCCUCUCCGCCCUCAACACCCACCUCUCGACCCGCACGACACUCCUCGGUGCAAAGCCCAGCAUCGCAGAUGUAGCCAUCUAUGCACGCCUUGCGCCUGUAGUGAAGGACUGGACACCAGAGCAGCAAACCGGCGAAGCUGGCUACCAUCACAUCGUCAGACACUUGGACUUCGUCCAGAACGCGCCUCUGUUUGGUCUGAAAGUGGAGGACAGCGACAAACUUGCCAUUGAUCCUACAAACGUUGUGGCAGCGAUCAAGCCAAUCGAUGCAAAGGCCGAGAAGGAGCGCAAGAAGAAGGAGAAGGCAGCAGCAGCAGCAGGCGCAGAUAAUGUCGCAGCAGUAGGGGGCACAGUCAAGGAGACAGGAGAGAAGAUCGCCGCAGCUGUGGGCGCAGCGGUACCGGGCGAGAAAAAGGAGAAGCCAAAGAAGGAGAAGCAGCCGAAACCACAGAAGAACGCUCCAGCACCAGACAAGCCGUUCUCGCCUGCGCUCAUCGAUCUUCGAGUCGGACACAUUCUCAAGGCUAUUCAACAUCCGAAUGCCGACUCACUAUUCGUUAGCACGAUCGCUGUAGGCGACCCACCCGGCACAGACAACACCUCCGAGUACGAGGGCAAGGUCGUGCGAACGGUAUGCUCGGGCUUGAACGGACUGAUACCAUUGGAGGAGAUGCAAGGGCGCAAGAUCGUGGCUGUGUGCAACCUCAAACCCGUCACCAUGCGCGGUAUCAAGUCAGCUGCCAUGGUUCUCGCAGCAUCGCCACGUCUCGCGGAAGGCGAGGUUGACAACCACGCCGGGCCCGUUGAGCUCGUGAAUCCACCUGAAGGCGCGGAGGCCGGCGAGCCGGUGUACUUCGAGGGAUGGGAGGGCGAGCCAGAGGCAGUACUCAACCCGAAGAAGAAGGUCUGGGACGACUGUCAGGUUGGAUUCACAACGACUGCGGACAAGGUUGUGGGUUUCGAGCCGAGUAAGGUUGAGAAGCUGAAGGAGAGUGGGAAGACGGAGGUUGCCUUGUUGAAGACGAAGCAGGGUACCUGUACUGUGAAAUCAUUGACGGGCGCCACUGUGCGAUAAGAGCUUGCAGGAGUAGCCUUUGCACAGCACUAGAAGGCGAGAACGUGCUGCUGCGGAGACGGCUUCGAGAUCGAGCGAUGCGCGGAUCUGCUAUCAGGACUAUGCAUGCGAAAUUCUGUGCUAGAUACGGAGCGACUGCGCCCUUACGGUGUGCACGUAGGAAUGCCUGGACAUCAAAGA